GCUUUUGCGCGUCUCAUACCGCUACUGACAUCAUGGCGGGCCAGACAGUCAUUGCAGGAAUUGUGUGCCUUUUCGUCUUAACUCUCGCCUCCGAAAAACGUAUUUUGCUGAAUGACCCCGCGUAUGUGUCCCAGCAACUCACCCAUCUCCAGUCGGAGCUACAGGAGCUACGAGUCAAGGCUGAGAACCAAGAGCAGACCGUGUCCACUUUUCAACUGACCGUAUCUACCCUCCAACAGACCGUUAACAAUCAGCAACAAAACAUAAGCAGUCAACAGCAGACGAUUUCUACCCUUGAACAAACCGUUUCAAACCAGCAUUCCGUCCUUACGAACAUACCACAGGAAAGUGGUAAAGGCGUGGUGUACACCAGAUGGGGAAGGAAGAGCUGUCCCAAGAACAGUGACACACAACUCGUUUAUUAUGGAUACGUUGGUGGUUCAAACUACCAUGACCAAGGAGGAGCCGCCAAUGCCCUCUGUAUGCCGUCGGAUCCGAUCUGGGGUCCAUACAAGAAUACGCAUCUUCGGACGCAAGCCUAUCUCUUCGGUGCGGAAUAUGCAGACACAACUAUUUUCGGAAUGCCAAACCUCGACGAAGACGUGCCUUGCGCUGUAUGUAGAAACACGGCAUACUCAAUAAUCACGAUGAUACCCGGGCGGAACAUUUGCUAUCCGGGAUGGACCGAGGCCUACCGCGGCAUCCUUACAGCUGGUUAUCCGGCUGACCCUUCCGCAACCCAGUACCAGUGUACGGACGAACACCCUGAAGCGACCGCAGGAGGAGGAAGCAGAAACGACCCAGGGAUAUCAGUGUUCGCUGUCUGGUCGAAGUGUGGAUCCCUUGCAUGUCCACCAUACGAAGAUAACAAGGCUUUGUCCUGUGUUGUGUGUAUGAUCUAAAAUAAAUA